CUAAGGCCGCACGCGACGUGCCGCGCUCGCGCGGUAGCCCUAGUCUUCACGGCGCGUUUCCACUGUGCGACCCGUGCCCGGCCAGCUUCUUGUCCCGCGCCAUCGUGUUUUGUUUUUUCUUUUUUUUGGUUUUCCGGCGGCCUCCCCGAGCUUCCAGUCGCGCCCCGCCGGUGCUUUCAAACGGGCCGGGGAGCCAUGGCGAGUGCGAGCAACAGCCGCCAGUAUUGGUCCAUGAGUGAAACAAAAGCGUUGCUCAACAUAUGGGCCGACGAGGCCGUUCAGCAACAACUGGAGGGCGUGUGUCGCAAUGAAGAAGUCAUCCAGUUUAUGGUAGACGAGCUGGCCAAGUCGGGGAUACAGCGCACAACCACCCAAGUUAGGGAGAAGCUGAAAAAGAUGAGGCAUCUGUACAAGGCGGCGAAGCGAGACGGCAAGAAGAAUUUCCCUUUUCUGGAGCUGAUGGACAGGGUGCUCGGGGGGAGAGGAGAGGGUCAGCUGGGAGCAGAGACUUGUCAAAUUCCCAAAGCUACAAACAAGUCUUUGACUCACCCGGGAGAAAACUCGGAAAGCGGCGGUAUUCCUGCAGCGAGAAGAGGAACAAAUCUGUUCCCUAGAAUAAAACCCGAGACCCGUAAACGGAGGGCCAACAGUGACACUACGAAGGAGUUCCUUAAUGCAAUGGCAGAAUGCCACAGGCAGUGGUUGGAGAAGGAGCAGGAGCUCAGGAGGGAGGAAUGGGAGAGGGAGACCAAGUUGAGGCAUGAAGAGAUGCAACAAGAGCUGGCUUUAAGAAGGGAGGAGGGGGAGCGAGAGGAAAGACUGAGACUUGCGGAGAUGGAAGCUCGGAGAAAGGACAAUGAGCUACUAACGUCUUGCUUGACACAAAUUGUAAAGUUUAUUGCAAAGGACCCUGGCACGAUGUAAGAUCAUUAUAUCAUUAAGAUUAUUAAUACAGCAUAUUCCCUGAACUCGAAUGCCUUACAAAGAACAUAAAAGCACAAUAAGGCCUUACUCCAGGCCAAUGACAAUGGAGUGCGUCUGCUCAUGGUUAUUCAGAACAAAGUGGCUGUCUCGUCAGAAUUAGUUUUAUAAAGUCAUAAGCCCAGCGCUGCGCAUUAGCAUGAUUCACUUUUAUGAAGCGCCUGUGGCUUAAGGUAUUUAUGACAGGCCCCAGUGCAUGCUAGUUACUAGUUGUGAAGCACACACACACACACCAUUAGGCGUAUAUAUAUAUAUAUAUUUUUUAUUUUACCAACAAUGUUUUGGAUUUUACUGUUGAAUGAGUUACUUAGGCUAUUGUAUUGGGAGAGAGGUCAAAAAGAAAGCUAUCAGAGCCAUGGAUAGCGGUCUGACACACUAACGUAAACAGACAAAUCAACAAGUCAACUAAUCAACCAACUAUAGCUGGAAUGUUUACACAACUAUAGCUGUUAUUGGGAAGGUAUGUAGGUAAUAAAAGGCAUCAUCAGGCAAGUUGCUAGAUAAAUAGCAUAUAAAAUACUGUAACUAUGCAUAGCUGACUAGAGCUAACAAUUUAUUGUUGACAUGGAUAAAUUGUUUCUGCAGUCAGUUUAACUAGUUGCUUGUUGCCGUCUGCUUCACAUCAGAGAAGCAUUAAUGAGCUGAUCUCCAUGACUGAAACGUAGGGCGAAAUCGUUGUUGCUGGUGAAAACUUUCAAAGAAGUAACAAUCAAAACAUGCACUGUGAUGUGUCAUUACUGCAAUUCAAAAUCCUCUGUUGCACACACGUCCUGGUGUAAAUCAUUUGUGCAGUAUUUCAAGCGCAGUAAUGAAGUUGUCUUUUCUUUCUGCCUCUUGUAUGUUUGAAAUGCAUGACUGCUCGCUCAGCUUGCAGAUGUGCUCAGCUCGUCAGUCUUGACGUUCAGAUUUUGCACCUAAACUAGCGAUACCGUAUCAUCUGGUCACAUGAUCAAAUAGAGAUUUGACAUUACCCAGCAAUCAUAAUUGCAUAUCUGUACGUCACAAACAUACCAAAGAACAUACAUUGUCUUUAUGCAUGCUCAAUAAUCCAGGUAAGGAAAUUACAGAAAGUUGAAUCAGUUCAUCUGGACACAACAUUUAUUGAGAGAAAAUGUCUCAUCGCUCAUCUAAGUGACCUAAACUGACGACGUCCCCACCGACACAGCGGCUGGGGAAGGGGAGAAAUCCCACAUUAAACAGGCCCUGGUUAAGUGAGGUUAUCCUAACUGGGCGCUUGUCAAAGCCAGGAAGACAUCCAAACAGUGCACCAGCCAAUCGAAGAGAGGAGAAGGACAACAGCUGUCUAAGCAUAAACCAGUGGCGAUUCCGCAUGUGGCGGGAGUGUCGAAACAGCUGAGACACAUACAGAAGAGGGAACAACCAUCCCUGAACCUAAGGGGGGGCUAUUCGAAGUGUGGUACUGAUUAUCGUUUCGGAAUUUCUUUAGCUAAAAAAAAUGUGCACCAGGAGAAAUUGAAAGUAGUUGAAAUUACUGUACAUUUUCUGUCAUAACCUGUUGUACCAUAAAACUGGUAUCAGGAUCACCAUGUUUUGGUGGCCUGCCAUUUGUAGGAUAAAGCUGACUGUCGGCAGUCCACUCUGGAAGGGAUACAUCCAUGUUUUUCUCACAGAGAUUGUGUAGAACGCAGCAUGUCUCUAUCAUAUGCUUGACAGCCUCAACAUUGCAGUCAUUUCGUUUGCUCAGACAUGUCCACCUGCCCUUCAACCUCCCAAAUGCUUGGUCAGCCACACAGCGCGCUUGACUAAUCUGAGUGUUGAACAGUUCUUGUUCAGGUGUCAGCCAGCCUGUGUUGGGGUACGGUUUGACAAGCCAGUUUUGUGAAGGAUACUUAACGUCACCGAGAAUAAAGUGACCGAUACCUGUUCCACAAAUUUGAUGCAUUCUGCUGGGGAAAUGGUCAGACACCCAUGAUUGUCCAGAUCCACUGCAAUCAUUUACCCACCUUGGGCAGCUCAUGUUCAAAUCCCAGAAUAAACCUUUGCC